AUGGCACCUAUCAAGAUCGGACUUGUCGGUCUGAGCACCUCAUCAGCAGUGACAAACUGGGCCGUACUCGCGCAUCUGCCAUACCUAAGAUCGGACCAAGGAAAAGCCCUUUACGAGAUCGUCGCUCUCUGCAACUCUUCCAUUGACAGUGCAAAACAAUCAGUCAAACACUUUGGGCUCGCUGAGUCUGUCAAAACAUACGGCUCACCUGAAGAUCUCGCCGCUGAUCCCAAUGUCGAACUUGUUGUAUGCGUGGUUGGAGUGAAGAGCCACUACGAUGUUUGCCUUCCUGCCGUCAAAGCAGGANAAAAUGUGUAUACUGAGCUUCCGUUCGCGUCGAACAUGGAACAGAUGCAAGAACUCGUGGAUGAGGCUGAGAAGAAUGGUGUCAGAACCAUGUUUGGCUCUCAGGGUCAGGCUCAUCCAGCCGUUCAUUUGAUCAAANAGAUGAUAGCCGAAGGCAAGAUCGGCAGACCUCUGAGCACAACUGUCAUAGGGGCUUCAGGUUUUCCCCUGGACAGACCUCUACCAUUGUCUUUUAGAAUGCUGGCAGAACGUGAAGGCGGAGGUAACUUCGCCACUGUGUGGUUUCUGCACAUCUUCGGUGAGCUGGCAGCCUUCAGCAGUAUAAUGGGUAUCGACCACCCGACCGCCGAAAUCAUGGAUCCAGCCCAAGGCGGAAAGGUAUUUGAGAGCGUUAAGAAAGACACUCCGGAUAACAUUCUCCUCCAAGGCCAAUUUGAGUCUGGAACUUUGUUGACAUACCAGAUGCGUGCCGGCAAAGCCUUUCCUGGCGAGCCUGGCUGCCGUUGGCUCAUCAAUGGCGAAAAAGGAGAUAUUCAGCUCACUAAUCCUAGAGGCUGUUUUGACAUCGAACAUAUUGGUAUCGAAAUCAAGUACAGGAGAGCAGGAGAGGAAGAGACAGAAGUAAUCAACCUGCCUGAAGACGAGCUCAGUGGACUUGAGCAGCCAGCUCAGAAUGUCGGACGU